CAUAGGAGAGAUCUAUAGUAAACAAAAAAGACCCCCUGAAGAUCGAGCAAAAGAAUUGAAGCAUGAAGCAGACAAGAUCAUAUGCCCUAAUGAGGUCUUCUUCAAUGGAUGUCCCUCAAAUUCCCACAUCAUCACUUAUCCCAAAAAAGCCUCCUCUUCCCCCUCUCAUCGACUUCCCCACUUCUCCUCAACUUAUCAUGGGGCAAGAGAUGAUUCAUUUCAGUCACCCACAACAUCCUCUGUCGCAACUAGACCUGCGCGACCAAUUUUGCUGCAUCGGCUGCAAGGAAUAUGGUGCAGGCUUGAGGUUCAGCUGCCAACAAUGUGAUUUUCAGCUACAUGAUUUUUGUGCCCUCGCUCCUCCUGGACUUAAGGGCCACCCUUUCCACACCCAGCACCAACUCGCUUUCUAUUCUAAGCCAGCAAAAUCGACGUGUGAUGUUUGUGCGAAGCCCAGCAAAGGGUAUGUUUUCCGAUGCGGUGUGUGUAGUUUCCAGAUGCACCCUUGCUGCGCUAUGCUAGAUUCAGAAGCACACUUCCCCUGCCAUGCCCCACAGUCACAUACCCUUAGGCUUUUACCUGCAAAUAUAACAUCAAAUGGCGACCCUGCUAAUAUUGUGUGUGGUGAGUGCAAGAGGAGGAGGGCAGGGAGAGUAUACAGUUGCAGAGCUUGCGAUUACUAUCUCCAUGCGGUUUGUGCUAAGAAUAUGGUUAAUGGGUUCCAUGCCAACGGCAUCAACGACCUCGAAAAACCACGGAAGUUACGGGGUUGGCAUUUUGCAUCUCAAGUUGUCGGAAAAAUCAUUGGAGGGCUUCUUGAGGGUAUUGCGGAAGGUUUGGGAGAAGGCUUGGUUCAAAAUAUUAGCAAAGGAAAGGGCACCAGUACUACUACAAGAACAAUUUAAUUAGUAAAUUAGCUAGGUAUAUAACCUGUUUUAAUUAGCUUCUUCUUGGAACAGGCUCCUAUUUAAUUAUGCACAUGUAAGUUGUUGGUAUCUAAGAUGGAUCCACUAGUGUACGUGUGGUGUUCUUCAAUUCUCAUCGUUUGAUUUGUCUAUACCAGUGUACGUAUGUGUAGCUGAUGUACGUGGGUGUGUUUGCUUCGCAAAUAUGUAUUUAAGAAAAAUAUUUCA